AUGUCUCAGUAUUCGGGAAAAAUUAUUUUCUAUGAGGGCAAAUACUUCACGGGCAGAAAGCUAGAGGUCACUGGGGACUGUGAUAACUUCCAGGAUAGAGGUUUCAUGAACCGCGUGAACUCUAUCUGCGUCCAGAGCGGAGCUUGGAUCUGUUACGAUCACCCCGACUUCCGCGGACAGCAGUAUGUCCUGGAGCAUGGCGAGUACCCUGACUUCUUUCGCUGGAAUGCCCACAACGACCACAUGGGCUCCUGCAGGCCUGUCGGGAUGCACGGCGAACAUUACAGAAUUGAAAUAUUUGAGGGGAACCAGUUUGGAGGGCAGUCCAUGGAGUUCACUGAGGAUUGCUCUUUCCUGCAAGGCCGAGGAUGGAGCAAGAACUGUGUCAAUGCUGUCAAAGUUUAUGGAGAUGGAGCAUGGGUGCUGUAUGAAGAACCCAAUUACCGCGGCCGUAUGUACGUAGUGGAGAGAGGAGAGUACCGCAGCUUUAAUGAGUGGCAAGGGCAGAGCACAAACAUCCAGUCGCUCAGAAGAGUCAUCAACUACUUUUAACUGAGUUGUUGUACUACCAAGGUCCUGGUGACACUCAGGGCCUAGCUUUGCUCUCUGUUCACUGGAAAUGUGGAAUAAAUUCUUAAAAU